CAACGACUUCAGCCAUUGAUCUCUUUUGUUUCUUUCCCUGCGGAUAAACCCAUUCGAAGAUGAAGUUCUUCAAUGCCAAAGGCAGCUUGCUGUCAUCAGGCAUCUACCUCAUUGCAUUAACCCCCUUUGUCAACGCCAAAUGUGCUCUUCCGUCGUCCUAUAGUUGGAGUUCAACCGAUGCUCUCGCAACUCCAAAGUCAGGAUGGACCGCACUGAAGGACUUUACUGAUGUUGUCUCGGACGGCAAACACAUUGUCUAUGCGUCCACUACCGAUGAAGCGGGAAACUAUGGCUCGAUGACCUUUGGCGCCUUCUCAGAGUGGUCGAACAUGGCAUCCGCUAGCCAGACAGCCACCCCCUUCAAUGCCGUGGCUCCUACCCUGUUCUACUUCAAGCCGAAAAGUAUCUGGGUUCUGGCCUACCAAUGGGGCUCCAGCACAUUCACCUACCGCACCUCCCAAGAUCCCACCAAUGUCAAUGGCUGGUCGUCGGAGCAGGCGCUUUUCACCGGCAAAAUCAGCGACUCAAGCACCAAUGCCAUUGACCAGACGGUGAUUGGCGAUGAUACGAAUAUGUAUCUCUUCUUCGCCGGCGACAACGGCAAGAUCUACCGAUCCAGCAUGUCCAUCAAUGACUUCCCCGGAAGCUUCGGCAGCCAGUACGAGGUGAUCCUGAGUGGCGCCCGCAACGAUCUAUUCGAGGCGGUCCAAGUAUACACCGUCGACGGCGGUGAGGGCGACAGCAAGUACCUCAUGAUCGUCGAGGCGAUCGGGUCCACCGGACAUCGUUAUUUCCGCUCCUUCACGGCCAGCAGUCUCGGUGGAGAAUGGACAGCCCAGGCGGCAAGUGAGGAUAAACCCUUCGCAGGCAAAGCCAACAGUGGCGCCACCUGGACCGAAGACAUUAGCCAUGGUGACUUGGUUCGCAACAACCCUGAUCAAACCAUGACUGUCGAUCCUUGCAACCUCCAGUUGCUCUAUCAGGGCCAUGACCCCAACAGCAGUGGCGACUACAACCUCUUGCCAUGGAAGCCGGGCGUCCUUACCUUGAAGCAGUGAAGGGCUUAUCAUUAGUUGCAGAUUGUGCUUUUCUUUUUUUCCAAGUAUGUUUAGUGCGCAAGACAGCAGAAUGUGGUCAUCAUCUUAGG